AUGGACAUCGGACCAUUCCUGGGUCUACCAGCAGAGCUCCGUCUCCGUAUCUAUGGACAGGCUCUGCAGUGUGGGCGCACCCUACAGAAGCCAUUGCGGGAGACGCCAUGGCAGAAAUCCAAGGGCUCGCUGGUAGACAUUUCACUCUUAUGUGUGUGCAAAACUCUUCACGCCGAGGCCAGAGAUGUCUUUUACGAGAUCAAUAGCUUCAGCGUGUCCUACAAUCAUAUCUGUUACUGCGAGAACAGAUAUCCUUAUCGGGCUUUGCAUGACCGGAUUGGAUCAGUAACAGUGACCAAUUUCGUGCCACGAGAGGAAGAGGGACAUACAUGCGAGUUCUGCCUAUCAGAAGGAUACGGUCUACUGGCCCACCUACGCCGUCUACCAAAAUUGACUCAGGCCAAGGUCUCGUUCGAGGACGUCUUUAGCUUUACCGACUAUGCUCCAGGAAUUCUGAGCAGACUGACAGAGAAUGAGGACGUCCAUCUGUCAAGCGAAGAGAUUGGCCAAAUAGACGUAGUCGGCUUGCCACUGUCUCUACGUAUUGAGCUUCCAAUACUACAUCGAGCGUGGUCCUCGUUAGCCUUCUCACGUGGCAGAAGCGGUACAGGGCAGCGGUUGCCUGGCGAGCAGAUCGUGCGACGUACGCUUGAGUACAUGCAGUUCGAGACGAACACAUACGAUCGGACAGCACGAUCACUAUUACCCUUCUUCACCGCGAGUCAGGAAGGAGGAACAAGAAGUCUGCGGUUUCGAGGACUGCCUGACGGACCACAACGACGCGCUGAGUUCACAAUCGCUCUGGCAGGCGUUCUGUACGACGUCUUUGCGGAUGAUGGUGGUUCCGAGAGCAUAGAUUGGACUGAUGUGCCCGGCAGCGGAACGUGGACCUUUUUCGUCGAUAACUAUACUAUCACGCAGAACGCGCACCAAGACACGGGUUGA